AAAUAAUAGUAGUAAUAAAAUAAAUAAAAAUAGUACUAGGAAAAGUUUUUCCUUCGUUCCUUACUUGGCUGCAUCUAAAUACAAAGCCUUUUGCCAGUUCUCCAGCACGUGGUAUUUCUUCUUUGUUAUUUUUAAGACAGUGCAAUUCAUCUUAGCCCUUUAGUAGGCAAUAAAAAUUGCCUCAGAUAAUUACUAGCUGAUGAAAUUGUAAGCACUGAAAUAGCAAAAUAUAAUUUAAUGUGAACAGUGGUUAAAAAGCAAACUGAUUAUAUAAUAGAACCAUUCAAAAAAGCUAUUAUGGUCUGUAGGGUAUACCCAGAGUUAUUAUUGUAUUGAUCAUUAUUAUAUAUCAACAAAAUAAUGCAAUAACUAUGUGCUGUGGAAAUCAACCCAUUAACAAUUUAUUUUUUUAAGAAUGGUAAACUUGCCAUUUUAAAGGACCAUCUGCCACUCUCCUCUGAAGCAUAAUCACUCAAUAAAAACAAUAGAGUUUUUAUUUGUUUAUAAGUGCUGGAACUUCAAGAAUUCUGUAAAUGCAUCUCCAUGUAACUUUACAAUAGUUCCCAAUUCUCUUUUGAUUAUUCUGAAAUAUGCUUAAAUGUUGUUUACUUAUUGGUUGAGAUAUCUGUUCCAAUUUUCAGGCUGGAAUAUGCAGUUAAAUAGCUCUUUAUGAGUUAUGUCAUUCCCUGAAGCUAUGCUAUAAUGGAGAUACUGAUGUGACCUUAGAUACAGAGGUCUGUCCAAGUGCAUGAUAAUAUUGCCUGAAAGGAUUGUUGCUAUUUUCAAGUGGGUGCUAAUGUUUUUUUUCCUAUCUGUUUCAGCCUAUCCGGUUGUCCUCUGAAUGCACAAGCCAUAAAAAAGGGCAAAAUUUCGGAAGAGUUAAUGACUAUCAAGCUUAAAGCAAGUGGUGGUAUUGAGAGUGAUGAAGAAAUCAGACAUUUGGAUGAAGAAAUCAAAGAACUGAAUGAAUCCAAUCUUAAAAUUGAAGCUGACAUGAUGAAACUUCAAACCCAGAUCACAUCUAUGGAGACCAACCUGAAAACAAUAGAAGAAGAGAACAAACUCAUAGAGCAGAACAAUGAGAGCCUGUUGAAGGAGCUAGCUGGUUUAAGCCAAGCCCUCAUCUCCAGCCUUGCUGACAUUCAGCUUCCACAGAUGGGGCCAAUCAGUGAGCAGAAUUUCGAAGCAUAUGUAAAUACACUCACAGACAUGUACAGCAAUCUGGAACGGGACUAUUCCCCCGAAUGCAAAGCUCUGCUGGAAAGUAUCAAACAGGCAGUGAAGGGCAUCCAUGUGUAGGAUGUGAAAGCUGCUGGGCAACAGAAAUUACUUAACAGCAGUAAACUCCAGAUGGAUCUGUUAGGAGUUCAUGUACUGCUAAGGGGUGUAGGUUGCCAUGCUGCAUCUACAAUUGCAACAUUGCACUAAUUUUUUCCCAGCUGACAUAAAAAAGAAUAAAAACACAACAGACUAUUUGUAUUAACAGCAAUGCACUCUGUUAGUAUAUUAUAUUUAUUUCAGUACAAUUUCUUUUUUUCUUCUUUUGCACUCAGUUUUUGUAAAGUGAAUGUAAAAAGUGUG